AUGGCCAAAGGCAGACUCAGACGGCUAGGGGCCAAAACCCCGCCACCCACACACCCACCUCCAACUCCAAAACGCACAUAUGACGUGGACACAACCACCUUCCCCUUCUUGAAGCUCCCUCGAGAAUUGCGCGACGAGAUCUACGAAUACGCCCUGACCCUACCUGACGACCCGCAAGAACUCCUCAUCACAAAACACACCAUCGCGCAACCAGCAUUGCUCCGCACAUGCCGCCAGAUUCGCCUCGAGGCCUCGCCAUACUACUACUACCUCACCGGCAACCGCUUCAGAUUCGCCACCGCCAAGCGCUUCGACAUUCAAGGCUGUUUGACGUUCUACUGUCAGUACAUUACCGCUGUCGGAAUUGAUACCCCCGUUUCUGAGGAGUUCCGAAUGUAUGGGGCUGUGCAGAAUCGGAGGGCAGAGGUGGAAUUCAAAGGGUGGGACUCGAUUGUCAAGAGGUUGAAGAAGUGUCAUCCGUGGGAGGCGGAGCGGGAUGGGGAGUGGGUUGUGUUCUGCUUUGGGGGUUGUUGUUGA